AUGGGCUGGGUGCUCCUCUGGAGAUGCGCGGCGCUGGGUUUCAUCGGCCGCGCGGCGGGCCAGGCCAUGGGCGACGGCAUCUCGAAGUACACGCUGCCCUGCGACGACCCGAUCCCGCGCAUCGCCUGGCUCCAGCGGUACCUGCCCGUCGUCGUCGCGCAGGACUCGUGCCUCGACGAGAGCGACGACGCGAGCGGCGCCCUCGACACGUGCACCUGCAACUCGAGCGAGUACGGCGUCUGGGAGGAGACGGAGGCGCGCGUCCAGCUCUACCACCAGAAGGGCUUCGGGAUCCACCUCGUGAACAGCAGCGGCCGCGUGACGACGGGCGGCAUGACCGUCGCGGCCAUGGAGCGGGUCUUCCACGACAAGCUGGGCAACCUGACGGCCUUCGACGCGUUCUUGGACUACAACCUGGGCCUCCACCUGCCGCCGACGGGCAACUACAGUCUCGACGCGUUCAUCCGGCGCUUCGACGACGACGGCGAGCCCUACUUCCCCUACACCUGGCAGCAGGAGGUGACGAACCAGACCUACUACGGCGUCUUCGUGCGCGCGCCCCACUCCAUGCUCGUCCUCGAGCUCGUGUCCAACUUCUCGAACACGCUCGCCGCGGCCGCGCAGUUCGGCUUUUCGCUGACCCAACUGGAGCCGCGCGUGUCGAGCCACGUGCUCGACUACCUCGAGGCGACGCCGACGAACUACAGCGUGCGGCCCGUCCACGUGUCGCGCGCGGCCGCGAAUCUGGCGGACGUCGACGACUUUUAUACCGCGAUCCGGACCGCGCGGACCGUCGAAUACGCGGAGGCGAACGUGUCGAAGACGUGCUACCUCUGGGGGGGCGCGGAGGUCGAGGUCUGCUACACGCAACGUUCCUCAGACGCGACGCGCGGCGGCUUCUCCGUCGCCGACUUCGAGGACAUGCUCAACGGCGUCCACGAGGACGUCAUCGCGCCGAACCCGAACUGCCAGCGCGACAAGUGGAACGACUUCCACUACGCCUACGACAACGGCCAGGUCUCCGGCCAGCAGAUCUACGAGUACGUGGCGCUGAAGCCCGGCGCCUACUUCGUGUGCACGGGCGCCUACGUCAUGUACGUCGUCGACCCGGCGGGGUUCACCGUGCAGCUCGACAUCAACGGCGACUACACGCUGUCCACGUGCGACAAUUCCGACUGGGACUGGGACGUGGACCCGGACCACGGCGGCUGCGUCCUGGGCAACUGCACGCCGCUCGCCGCGAACGCGACGCUGACCGUCGUGGACCUGACGGCGCUCCUCGACGACGACGGCGGCGCGGCGGGCGGCGGCCGGAGGCGGAGCGGCGGCGGCUCGGGCUCGUCGUCGUCCGGCGGCGGCCGCGCGGUGCUCGUCGCGGCGAUGGUCUUCGUCGCGGGCGUCGUCGUCUUCACGGCCUUCCGCGAGCGCAGCCAGCGGAAGGCCCUCUACCGGAAGCUCCCGGACGACGACGACGACGACGAGGACACGUCGCACCUCGAGAAUCCGAAACGCUCGCGCACCGGUUCUCGUAGCAUGGCCGAGGCCGCGGCGCUGCGGCGCGCGCUCAAGGAGAGCAAGAGAAAGCAGGAGGCCGCCGGGUUCCCGGGCCUCGAGAAGCGAUCCCUCGGCGGCGUCGAGUGGUAUGUCCAGCCGAAGGCGACACCCGCGCUGACGUACCGAUCCGACCGGCCCAGGGGCACCGUCGACCGCGACGAGCCCUUCGGCUACGCGCCGCGCGGAUCCGCGAAGCGGCGGAAGCUCGACGUCGACGCCGCGGUAUGGCGGCUCUCCGGCGACGCGGAGAACGACUUCCUGGGCAUGCGCUGCGUGCGCGUCGCCGUGUUGAGCGGCCAGCGCCUGGAGAUCGCGUGCCUCGUCGACGGCUUCCGCGACGAGGCCGACGCGGCGCUGCCGGACGGCGUCCGGCGCGUCUACCGCUGCCGCGACGCCGACGACGGCACGCUGCACCAGCUCUCCGCCGGCGAGGCGUCCCACGGCAUCGCCCGAGCGGACGAAGACCUGGAGCGCCGGCGCCUCGCCGACGAGCAGGAGAAGCGCGCGGAGCGGCGCGAGGAGGCCGAGGCGCGGCGGCUCGACGCUUCGGCGGCCGCGGACGCCGCGGACGCGGCCAUCGAGGCCGAGAGCCGGAGCUGGGUCGCCGACGGCGUCCCGCGAGCGCUUGUCUUCGACUGCCCCUGCGGCGUUUCCGGGCGCGACUACGACGACGGCGGGGACAUGAUCCAGUGCGGGUCGUGCCUCGCGUGGGCCCACGACGCGUGCGUCGUGGAGCGGCUCCGCGGCGCGCGGGGCGCGCCGAAGCUCGCGGCGCUCCGCUUCGGCGCCUACCGCUGCCGGGCCUGCGCGCCGGCGCGCUACCGCGAGGCCUUCCGGUGCUACUGCGACCCGGACGUCGCGUCCUUCGACGACGACGGCGAGGACCGCCUCCGCUGCGAGGCGUGCCUGUCCUACUGCCACGUCUUCUGCGCGCUGGAGAACCCGGACGCGGCCUGCCCGACGUGCGCGCUCGCGGCGCGCGCGCCGGCGCGCCCCGCGGGCGCGAAGCGCGUCGCCUCCGCGCGGGGCUUCCCCGUCUUCGCGCGGAGCGACGCGCGCUGCCGCGACGAGACCAUCGUCCGCGAGGUCGUCGGCGACGGCGCGUACGAGCGGCCGGCCAUGGGCUUCGAGGUCGUGCCCGGGGAGACGUGGCUCGACGUCGGCGCCCACAUCGGCGUCUUCUCGUCGCUCUGCCUCCAGGCGGGCGCGGACGUCGUCGCCGUCGAGCCCGACGCCGACAACUUCCGGCUGCUGCUCGCGAACGGCGCCGCGAACGCCGUCCACGACGCCGGCGCGGAGUUCAAGGCGCUCAACGUCGCCGUCACGGACCGGGACGAGUCGUCCACGACGCUCUACCGCCACCCGCGCGGCAUCGCGUUCCGCCACUCCACGGAGCGCCGGCUGAUCUCGCGCGAGCCCGACUGGCCGCGCGCGACCGUCGCCGCGACGUCGCUCCAGCGGCUCAUCGACGACCACGCCGUCGACGGCGUGAAGAUCGACGCCCAGGGCGCCGAGGUCGGCGCCGUCGAGAGCGUCACGGACUGGCGGCGCGUGCGGAAGCUCGUCCUCGAGUACGACUUCGAGUACCGGCCGUCGCUGCCCAAGUUCCACGCCUUCGUGAAGCGGCUCCGGACCCACUUCCCCCGCAUCUACCACUCCAAGCAGAAGCGGUCCGGCGACUUCUCGGGCUUCCCCAACGGCGUCCUCUCCGACGCUGAUGCUGCCAUGGGCGGCCUCUGCUCGAAGAAGGGCGCGGCCGUCGAGUCGAAGAAGGAGGACGAGAAGGAGCUGCGCCUCGACAACCGCAAGCGCAACUCGCUGGUCUUCGCCGUGACGGACUGGGUCGGCACGGACUUUGGCAAAGACGCCGAGUCCCUGGCGAUCCUGCUGUCGAAGCGCACGAAGGAGUCGAGCUCGAGCGGCGGCAACGACCCGCGCGGGUCGCGCGCGGCCAAGACCGCGGAGAGCAUCGCGCUGGGCAACUUCCGCGAGCUCCGCGAGAUUAUCAUCGGCCACUUCGCGCAGGUGAACAAGCGCUACGGCGCCUGGGACAACGACACGCUGCUCCACAUCGUCUGCCGCGAGGGCUACCUGCGCAUGGUCGAGUUCAUGGUCGACCCGAAGAACGUCAGCCAGUUCGACACGACGGAGAUCGACUUCAACGCGGAGAACAACAAGUGGCGCACGCCGCUCCACGUCGUCUUCACGCCGCCCCAGGAGACCUACUGCGCUCGGAAGAUCGGCGUCCACGACGACGGCCUCCCGAAGGGCGAGAAGCCCGAGGGCGUCACCAUCGACAGCGACUGGAUCCGGCCGGGCACGGAGCGGCACCGCAUGCAGGUCAUCGAGCUGCUCAUCGACAAGGGCGCGAACAUCCACCAGAUGGACUACCACGACCACAGUCCGCUCCACUACGCCUGCGUCUGGGGCUGGGUCGACACCGUGGAGCUGCUGCUGGAGAAGGGCGCGGACCCGCGCGCGGACCCGGAGACGUCGAACAUCGCGGGGCAGAACGCGUUGAUGGCCGCGACGGAGUUCAAGCACGUCGACGUCGUGGACCUGCUCUUAUCCGAGACGCAGAUCUCCAUCGAGUCGAAGAACGUCGACGGCGAGACGGCGCUCAUCUACGGCGCGCUCACGGGCGACGUCGAGACCGUGGAGUGCUUGUGCGAGUUCGGCGCGAACGUCAACGCGGAGUCCUACAGCAAGGACAGCCCGCUGAAGCGGGCGUGCCGGAACCAGGACGUGCCCAUGAUCCACAAGCUUCUGGACUUCGCGGCGACGCGGCGGCCGUCCGCGUUCGAGCUCCUGGAGGGCGACGCGAAGCAGGUCAUUUUGGAUCGCCUCGAGGCGGAGCGGCUCGAGAAGCUCGCGGAGUUCGAGGCCAUCAAGAACGCCAAGGCGUCGGGCAAGAAGGGCGGCGGCCGCGGCGCCAAGGCGUCGGCCGUCGGCGAGUGGCGGCCCUACCGCGACAAGCGCGGCCGCGGCAUCUUCUACUACAACCGCGUCUCCCGCGUGUCCCAGUUCGAGGCAAACUUCGCGGGGCCGGCGCCGCAGCCGUCGCCGUCGUGGAACCGCGAGCCCGUGAGCACGUCCUCGCCCGCGGGGCUGAAGACCUGCUGGACGCUCGCCGGCAUGUGGUCCACGACGUACUUCGCCGCGCCCGCGCAGCCGUCCGUGGACCCGAGCCACGGCGACCAGUCGCUCCCCGCCGCGUCGCCGCAGCCGAAGUUAAUCAUGCGCGCCGCGCCGCUGCUGCUCAUCGCAGUCGAUGCCCUCGUGGGCCCGCGGGCGCCGCCGCGGCCGCCGCCGCGGACGGCGCGCCUCCGCGCCGCGCCGCCGCCGCCGUCCCUCGACGGCGCGCCGCCGCCGCCGUCCUUCGACGGCGCGCCGCCGGCGCCGCUCUACCUGCCGGGGAACGACGCGUUCCGCGGCCUGCCGUCGACGCCCGGCUGGCGCGCGGGCCGCUUCAACGAGCUCACGGACUGGGCGAUGAACGAGGCGUCGAACCGGCCCGUCGUCUGCGAGUACCGGCCCGACGGCGUCUGGCUCUGGACGAAGUGGCGCGGCACGGUGCUCGAGAUGACCAUCCUGCCCGUCGUCGUCACGAUGGCGCUCGGCGCGGCCGUCGACGGCGGCGCGCACGCGCUCGCGGCGUCGGCGUGGCCCUUCUGGGGCGUGCCGCCCGUGGAGGAUCCGUUGAUCCGCCAGCUGUCGGGGCUGGGCGCGCUCUGGGAGUACAACCUGACGCUCUGCACGUUCAUCCUCACGUUCUUCACGCAGCAGGCCUACGCGCACUACACGUCCGUGUACUUCACGACGCGGCGGCUCCAGGGCCGCAUCAACGACGUCUGCCUGCUGCUGGCCGUCGGCGCGCGGCGCGGCGAUGUCGCGGCCGACGGCGCGUCGUCGGGCUACGCCGACGAGGCGAAGCGGCUGGUGACGCUCGGGAGCCGCCUCGCGCGGCUGAGCCACACGUUCUUCUGGGCGUCGACGCGGACGCUGUCCAACGGCGUCGCCGACGGCGGCGUCGCCGACGGCGACGAGGUCGACGACCUGGGCUUCGCGAACAAGGAGGAGGACGCCAUCGGGCCGAAGCUGCUGAGCCCGGAGGGUCUGCAGGGCCUCGUCGACGUCGGGCAGCUCACGCGGAACGAGCGCGACGCGCUCCUCGCGACGCGGCUGCCGCCGUCGCAGUACGCGUUCAUCCUCCUCGAGUGGGUCGGCCAGUACGCCAUGGCGGGCCUCGAGGCGGGCACGCUCCGCGGGGGCCCGGGCUUCGAGGCCGAGCUCUUCAAGCAGCUCACGCAGGUCCGCGCGGAGCUCUUCUCCAUCAGCGACUUCGCGGCCGGGCGCAUGCCGUUGGCCUACGUCCAGCUCGUCCAGGUGCUCGUCGACUCGCUCGUGCUGCUGGCGCCGCUGGCGCUCUACGCGCAGCUCGGGCGGCUCGCGAUCCCGCUCUGCGGGUUGCUCACGCUCUUCUUCAAGGGCCUCCUCGAGCUCUCGAAGUCGUUCCUCGACCCCUUCGGCAACGAGGGCUUCCCGGGCCAGAACAUCCGCGUCGACGUCCUCGUCUCCGAGCUCAACUUCGGCGCGCAGAGCCGCUGGUCCGCGGCGGGCGCCGUGCUCCCGACGCGCGACGCCGACGGGCCCCGCCCGACGGACACGGGCAUCCGCUACCAGUCCGACCUCUGCGCGGCCUGGCCCGAGGUCGACGAGUGCCGCGCGGCUGGAGGCCAUAAAUCCGCGGCGAGCAUGUUGGCCUCGGAACCGCGCCGUCGAGCCAUGCUCGCGCUGCUGGUCGUCGGCGCCGACGCGCUCUCGGCGACGGCGACGACGACGUCGCGCGCGGCCAUCGGCGACCUGCUGCGGCGGACGCCGGGCGUCGGUCCGGACUGCGCCUACGACGCGACGCCGCUCCAGUCCGGUUUUUGCAACGACGUGUUCCGCGUCGACGUGGAGCACCGCCCGCAGCCCCUCGUCGUCAAGCUCUUCUCGGACCUGGCGCGGGCGCGCUGCGCGCCCGCGUGCCGCGGCGUCGUCGACGUCGCGGCGGGCGCCGCGGGUCUGGGCCCGCGAGUGCUCGUGCGCACGGACGACGCGCUCGUCCAGGAGUUCUCCCCCGGCGCGGAGCUCGCGGCGCCGGCCGUGCGCGCCGACGGCUCGCGGCUCGCGGCGGCGGCCAUCGCGCCGCGGCUCGCGGCGCUGCACGCGCUGCCGUGCCCCGGUCCGCUGCCCGCGGCGCCCGCGGCGCUCUGGGUCGGCGUCGACGCCAUGCUCGGGGACCGCGGCGGCGCCGGCGCCGGCGCCCUCGACGCGGGAGCCCUCGCGCGCGAGGCGCGGCGCAUGCGCGCGGCCGUCGACGGCGUCGCGCGCAGGGCAGGACAAGAGAGCGAAAUUCCCAACUUCAAAGGCUCCGAUCUCGGCCGCUUUCCACUCGUCGCGCGCGCGGACGUGCUCGGCCACGGCGACUUCAAGCCGUCGAACGUGCUCCUCCACGACGGCGCCGCGGUCUUCAUCGACUUCGAGCUCGCGGGGCCCAACUACCGCGGCUACGACAUCUUCAAGCUCUUCCGCACGAACGAGAUGGCGCCCGCGUCCGACGCCGAGCUCCUCCGCUUCAUCGCCGUCUACCUCGCCGAGGGCGGCGCCGACUCCGGAGACGCCGAGGCGGCGCGAUGCCUCGCGGAGUCGAAGCUCUUCGAGCCCCUGACCUGGCUCGAGGCCGCGAUCUUCUUCGAGUUCGCGGCCGCGCGGCUGCCGGAGAAGCGCGACGAGAUGCGCGACCUCGCGCGGGACCGCUGGGCCGCCUACGAGGCCGUCGCCGGCGCCGACUUCGACCGGAGCAUGGCGCAGGCGCUGCCGGCGACCUCGCUGCCGGCGACCUUCAAGAUGACGCAGGCGCCGAACAACCCGCUGACGAUGACCAUGACGCAGGCGCCGAACAACCCGCUGACGAUGACCAUGGUCGCCCUGAAACCGCCGGCGCCGCCCGCGGAGCCGAAACCCCCCGCGGCGGCCUGCGCGGCGGCGGCGUCGCGCGUGUCGACGCCGGAGCCCGCGGCGCCGACGGCCGUCGUCACCGCCGGCAAGGACCGCGACGCCGUGCGCGCCUGCCUCGCGCGGUGCGUCGACGACGUCGCGGCGGCCGCCGCGCCGCGCGCGGCCGCGGCGCCGCGGCGCGCGGCCUCCGCGCCGCACGCGACGGCGCGGCUCGAGCUCGCGGCGGAGUUCCUGGGCGUCCUCGCGUCCAUCCCCGGCGGCGCCGCGCGCGAGGCCGCGUUCUCCGCGGCCAUCGCCGCCGUCGAGCGCGCCGUCGCGGACCCCUCCGCGCUCGCGUCGAGCCGCUACGACGACAUGGCCGUCGACCGGGCGCCGGCGCUCAACGAGACGGGCGCCGCGCGCGCCGUCGCGCCGUCGUGCGUCAAGGGCGCGCUGGCGCCGUCGAGCGCGCUGGUCCAGUUCUUCGCCGAGGGCCCCCUGGCCUUCGUGAAGCGCGUCGUCGCCGGCGGCCGCGGCGACGUCGAGCUCGAGUCGUUCUCGCGGGGCACGACGACGUGGGCCGAGUGCCUCGACGACGAGAAGCACGCGUUCACGCCGGCGACGCCCGCGGUGGACGCCGAGCUCCACGCGCUGCUCGAGGACGCGGCCCACGGCGGCCGGUCCGCCCGGGCCGGCCCGCGGCCCGAGCCGCCGUCGGGCGGCUCGUCGCCGCGGGGCGCGCCGCCCGACAAGCUCCCGUGCCUCGCGGGCCUGCCGAAGUUCGCGCGCGACGUCUACGACGCCUACGACGACGACGCCCAGUUCCUCGUGCUCCAGCCGGGGCCCGGCGGGGACCUGCGGCCCCACGUGGACUACCUCGCGUCGGGCGUGCUGUACAUGCUCCUCCACGGGCGGAAGCGGAUCUCGGUCUGGGCGCCGUCCGACGCGAACCUCGCGACGCUCGCGGACGGCUACGUCGAGGACCGGGACGUCGAGGCCGACCUCGGCGGGGACCGGUGGACCAUCGACGCCGAGGCGGGCGACGCGGUCUUCAUCCCGCCGGGCUGCCCGCACGUCGUCCGCAACGUCCGCGGCGGCUCCGUCGCCUGGGGCCUCAACGUCGUCGCGCCGGCGAGCCACGCGCUCAUCGAGGCCAUCCGCGACGGAAACCUGACCGACGAGCAGAAGAAGGUCUUCGCGCACCACUACUUCCCCGUCGUGCCGCCCGACGACGGCCACCUGGGGAAGAGCGACCAGGACACGCGCGUCGCCUUCGCGUGGCUCACGCAGCGCACGGCCAAAGCGCGGCCCGCGGCGCCGCCCGCGACGGACAAGACCAUCGCCAAGCGCACGGCGCGCGUCCGCAAGAGCACGGGCGAGCGCGUCUACCUCGUCGACGAGCCGCCGGCGAAGCGCAAGAAGCGCGCGUCCUCCUAGCCUUACUCG